AUGUCUAUCAACCCUCUAAUCCCCGGAGUGAACAACAAGUUCCUGCUCAUUACCAACAUAAUAUUCACGCUGCUCUUCUUCAACUUGGUGUUCUUGAUACUAGCGGUAGACUACGAUAAUGGAAGAACGCACGUGAUAGCUCUCACGGGAGUCGUCGUUGCGUUGUGGACGACUGUGAACUGGUUCUACUAUGAGCUGUCAAAGACCAAGAAGACAGAAUAA